GGGGGAGCGUGGCCCGCCCGCCCCGGCUGUAUAUAGCGGCAGUGCCCGGCGCGGCCCGGCCGGGGCACACAAAAUGGCGGCCGCCAACACGCAGGGCCCACAGGCGCCCAAGCUGCCGCAGCUGCUGGAGCGGGACCCCUACCUGGCCCCCUUCGAGCAGGACUUCCAGCGCAGGUAUGCUCUGUUUUACAACCGCUUGAAGAGCAUUGAGGAAAAUGAAGGUGGUCUUGAUAAAUUUUCAAAAAGUUACAAAACCUUCGGAGUUAACCAAUUUGUGGAUGGUGGAGUAUAUUGCAAAGAGUGGGCACCAGGAGCAGAAGCAGUGUUUCUCACAGGUGACUUCAAUGGCUGGAAUCCAUUUUCUCAUCCAUAUAAGAAAAUGGAGUAUGGGAAAUGGGAGUUGUUCAUUCCACCUGGACAAGACGGUUAUUCUCCUGUGCCCCAUGGGUCAAAGCUAAAGGUGGUGAUUCGUGCUCAAAAUGGCGAACUCCUCUAUCGUAUUUCACCUUGGGCAAGAUACGUAGUCCGUGAUCAAGACAAAGUGAAUUACGAUUGGGUACACUGGAAUCCACCACAGUCAUAUAUACGUAAACAUCGUUCCCCUGAGAGAUUAAAAAGCCUAAGAAUCUAUGAAUCUCAUGUGGGAAUUGCUUCCCCAGAAGGGAAAAUAGCUUCUUAUAAAAACUUCACAUACAAUGUACUACCUAGAAUAAAGGAUCUUGGCUAUAACUGUGUUCAGCUGAUGGCUAUUAUGGAACAUGCAUACUAUGCCAGUUUUGGUUACCAGGUUACAAGCUUCUUUGCAGCAUCAAGCCGUUAUGGAACUCCAGAUGAUCUGAAGGAAAUGAUCGACGUUGCGCACUCAAUGGGUAUCACUGUUCUACUGGAUGUUGUGCACAGCCAUGCAUCAAAAAACUCCGAAGAUGGUCUCAACAAAUUUGAUGGUACAGAUUCUUGUUUCUUCCAUUCCGGUCCUAAAGGAACUCAUCAGCUCUGGGACAGCAGGCUCUUUGAUUAUUCAAACUGGGAAGUUUUGAGAUUCCUUCUUUCGAAUUUGAGAAUGUGGAUUGAAGAUUAUGGCUUUGAUGGCUUCCGAUUUGAUGGUGUUACAUCUAUGCUGUAUCACCAUCAUGGGAUUGGCACGGGAUUCAGUGGGGAUUACAAUGAAUAUUUUGGCCUACAUGUGGAUGAAGAUGCUUUGUGUUAUCUAAUGCUGGCCAACCACAUGGUUAACUUCUUGCAUCCAGAAUGCAUAACCAUAGCAGAGGACGUUUCUGGAAUGCCAGCUCUUUGCCGUCCUGUUGCAGAGGGAGGAGGGGGAUUUGAUUAUCGACUAGCCAUGGCUAUUCCAGAUAAGUGGAUACAGAUCAUUAAGGAACUGAAAGAUGAAGACUGGAAUAUGGGAAAUAUUGUGUAUACGUUAACAAACAGACGGUAUGAAGAAAAAUGUAUUGCAUAUGCAGAGAGCCAUGACCAGGCACUUGUUGGUGAUAAGACACUGGCAUUUCGAUUGAUGGAUGCAGAGAUGUACACAAACAUGAGUGUGCUCUCGCCUCUUACUCCAGUUAUUGAUCGUGGAAUACAGCUUCAUAAAAUGAUUCGUCUCAUUACUCAUGCACUUGGAGGAGACAGCUAUCUGAACUUCAUGGGUAACGAAUUUGGGCAUCCAGAAUGGCUUGACUUCCCCAGAAAAGGGAAUAACGAGAGCUAUCACUAUGCCAGAAGACAAUUCAAUCUUACUGAUGAUCAUCUUCUUCGCUAUAGAUUCCUAAAUGCAUUUGAUAGAGAUAUGAAUAAAUCGGAGGAAAGAUUUGGCUGGCUUGCAUCUCCCCCGGCCUUUGUGAGUGAAAAGCAUGAAUCCAAUAAGGUCAUUGCAUUUGAGAGAGCAGGUCUUGUUUUUAUUUUCAACUUCCACCCAUACCAAAGUUAUGUGGACUACAGAGUGGGUGUUGAAACUCCAGGAAAGUAUAAAAUCCUUCUGGAUUCUGAUGCUUCAGAAUAUGGAGGACAUCAAAGGCUGGACCACAAUACAGAGUACUUCUCUGAAGAAUAUCCUCACAAUUAUCGACAUAAUUCACUUAUGCAGUACAAUUCACAGACCAGCUUCAGUCAACAGCCCAGAAGAUGCCACAAGCACCACAUAAAGGUGUACAUUCCAAGCAGAGUGGCUAUUGUGCUUCAGAAUAUGGAUAAUGCAAAAUGAAGAUCUCUAAUUAUCACCGAAGAAGCAAGUGAUAGAGGAAGUGCUGAUACGCUGUACUAGUAUGAAGUAUAACAAAACUAGCUCUGAGGAAUCUUUCUGAAACUGAAUAUAGUAAUAUUAUCUGUUUAAAAUGCAAGAUUAAUAUUCACACGUAAUUGCAGAGCUCUGGGCUCACUAGAACCUGUUUUGGAAACCUUUACGAAAGAAAGAAAAACAUAGUUCUGAUAUUAAAAAAUUAGUCUUUAAAAUAUUGCAAAGCAGCAGGUAUUGCCAAUUAAAUUACUGUUUACAGAGUUUUAUCAGGAAUAACAUCUUAAGAGCAAUCCUGCUCCAAUAUUUAUAAUGUCUUGCAAAAAUAUUUUUCUGAUAGUGAAUUCAAAUGUUCAUUCAAAUGUUCAAUGCUUCACAGUAGCUUGCUUAAAUAGAACAGCAGUUUUUGGCUGAAAGGCAGCCUUAACGGUUUGUGGGACCUAGUUUGAGGCUCCUCUUCAGUGAGGUCCAACAUGGAAUUUAAAGUGUUUAUCCAAAUGGAUGAGAAGGUCCUUAGAGUAUUGUACUCUGCCAUUUUUUAUUUUAUUAAAACAGCACAAAAAUGCUAAACAUCUAAAUGGGGAAGACAAUUGACUGCUGACCUGCUGAGACCAUUGCGCUGCUUACUUGCUCAAAUCACUUAGUCUGUGCACCUCACUUGCUACAGCUGAAAAAUGAUAAUUAUUUUACUUGGACUGCUAAAAUCUCCAGUAAGAAGUGUGUUAUGUUUUUACUGGAAUGAUACUCCACUGGAAAAUGUUCUUAAAAUAUAAUUAUUCCUAUUGCUUUAAUUUCAGUGAUGUCAGGACCUCGUAAUACUGAUUUCAUUAUUUCUAGCACAUGCUUUCAGUUUGGAACGUGAGGUGGUUCUUGCACUUUUAUAACUUCUGAAACGUUGCUUAUGGUUUGAGAAGAAGCAGUCUAUAUAUAGUGAUCAAGUUUUUUCAGUAAAAUCAAGGUAGUUAAUUGUUGGAGUGCUGCUAAGAUUAUUCAAGUGAGUUCUUUAAUAAGCUAGAACUUGUUUUUGUAGAGAGUAAGAUUCUUUAUAUUUGAAAAUGUAUUGCAGAGUACUCUGGAAAAUUCAUACCAAAUUAAUGAGACAUACUUUAUUUUUUCUCCACUUUUUUAAAGGUACGCUAGAAUUGGUUAUGAAAUGAAUGUCUUUUUUUAUAACUUUUCAAGUAGCCAAAGAGGAAGAUGUCCAUGACCAUUUCCAAGUGGUGGUGUUUAUUUUUUUACCCAGUUUUCUACAUUGGAAUAACUUUUCAGUAAUUUACACAUCAUUGAAAAUCUCUUCAUAGUUCUUGGAAUGCUUACUUGUACUUUGAUGUGGCUUACUUCUUAGGCAAAAUAAGGGAGAUGAUGGAAUAUUACAACAUGAUGGGAAACAGUCUUUUCAUAAGGUUCACACUGAAAGAACUUUAUGAACAUCCCAUUUGUUAUAUUUGUGACAGAGAAUUCUGUAUUGCAGAAAAGAACUAUAAUACUGUCUACUAUUGUGCUUCAUUUUCCACUGUACCAGUUUAAUCGUUGCUUGGUAGUGGGCUAAUAAAAGCAUUCCCAUACACUGAGACUUCACAAGAAAAUACACGGAAGUAUUUUAGUAACUGGAACUGAUAAUCUUUUUUUUUCCAAAUUGUUUUCCUUGUAGUGAAACAACAAGCAACUUUUAAUAUAUAUGCUAUAUUUACGUUAUAUUGAUCUAAUGUUUUAUAGGUCUCUUUUUUUUUUUUUUUUGUUGGCACAAGUUCCAGGUUUCAAAAAGUAAUGCAAGGCAAGAACCCUUGUCACACCUUUUGUCAAGAGAAGGAAUAAAUGCGUGAUGUGAAGUAUAAACUAUGUAAAAUUACAUGCAAAUAAACUGAGGACUAUAAAACCAA